UUUCUGUUCCAGCUCCUGUAUUUCCUGCUGAGCGCCCUCGGCAUUAUCAUCUGUGUCCUAGCUUUGGCCUUCGCAGCUCACCAUUAUACCCACAUCACAAAAUAUUCCUGCAAGAUGGCAGAUGACUCCUGCCAGUGCACAUUGGACCCUUCCGACCCACUAAGCCGCACUUUUCUUUACCAGACUGUGGCCGACUGUGACAUGGUCACCACCACUAUCAAGCUCUUCGUCCUUCUGCAAAUCACACUGAACUUACUGCUGUCCCCUGGUCUGCCUUGCUGCUUGCUUUGUCAUGUGGAAUGA